UGUGCGCGGAGGCAUCACCUGGCACUCAGGAUGUUUCUGAAGGUUCCAGCUCUUGCCCUGGUGCUCCUGGUGGUCUCAGGGGCACAGGCUGAUGUCAACCCAGAUGAGGUGGCCAGCGUGAUCUGGAAGUACUUCACCGAGCUAGGCAACAAUGCCAAGGAGACAGUGGAAGGGCUGCAGCAGUCUGAGAUCACCAAGCAGAUAGACACCCUGCUACAGAGCAACCUGCGGAGUGCCAGCCUGUACGCCGAGGACCUGCAGCAGCGCCUGGUGCCCUUUGCCACAGAGCUGCAGGCACGGCUGGUGCAGGACUCGCAGCGGCUGAAGGAGCAGAUCCAGCGAGAGCUGAAGGAGCUGCAGGCCAAGAUGGCACCGUACGCCGACGAGGUCCACCAGCAGAUCGGCACUAACAUCCGUGAGCUGCAGGCCAAGAUCAGCCCCUACGCCGAGGAGCUGCGCUCCCGGGUGGACCGCGGUGCCGGGCAGCUGCGCCGGGCGCUGGAGCCCUACGCUGAGGAGCUGCGGGGCCGGCUGCAGGACAACGCUCAGAGCAUCCAGGCCUCCCUCAGCCCCUACGCCGACCGCCUGCAGCGGCAGAUCGAUGGAGGGGUGGAGAGCCUGAAGGAGCACCUGGCCCCCCUGGCUGACGAGCUGAAGACUCAGGUGGAGCAGAGUGUGGCAGAGCUGCGCCGCGGGCUCAGCCCCUAUGCAGGGCAGGUGCAGGAAGGGCUCAACCGGCAGCUGGACAGCCUGACGGCACAGAUGGACAAGGUGGCAGAGGAGCUGCGUGCCCGCCUGGCUGCCAGCUCGGAGGAGCUGCGAGCCCAGCUCAGCCCUCUGGCCGAGGAGCUGCGGCAAGCGGCCAGUGGUGACACCGAGGGCCUGCGGCAGCGCCUGGCUCCCCUGGCCCAGCAGCUGGACCAGCGUGUGGGGCAGACGCUGGAGGCUUUCCGGCAGCAGGCAGCCCCCUUCGGAGAGGCCUUCGGGCAGCAGCUGGUGCAGAGGCUGCAGGAGAUGAAGGGCAAGCUGGACUCAGGCACUGCUGGCAUGGAGGACCACCUGGAGCUGCUGGAGAAGGAGGUGCGGGAGAAGGUGGCUGCCUUCCUCAACACUGCUCAGACAUCAGGGGAGAACUGA